CACAAAAUCAAUCUCCAGACUUCUGCGCUGUCGCCGCCGCCGCCCGCCGCCGACACACCGCCGGAAGACCGACCAACACCUACCGCCCACCACCCACCCACCAUCGACACAAACAUUCGCUUCACCAUCGCCCCAUGUCUCGAAUCCCCGUACCCAACGGCGGACUCCAUACCUACGCUCCAAGCUCUCCAAGCACAAACUCCUCCACCAUGAGCACCAGCGCCGCAAACUCGCCCGCGGCAGACACACGGCGAAAGCAGAACCGCCGCGACGAGGUGAGUAGCAGGGUCAAAAGGGUUCCUGUGUGUUUGUUUUGUUUUUCGAGCGAGACCAGAGAGACACCGUUGGUGGGCUGGUCACGAUCACCCACCCGCCGUUCCACAUCACACAUAGCAAGUGAUGCGUGCGUGCAUGUAGCAGGAGCAGCGGCGGCAAUACUAGCCGCCUGAACUUCCCCGCCCACCGCCGCGCCUUGCUCACGGACCGCGCCGAACGGUUCGGGCGUGGACGGGUCCGGGCGCUCUCGGUGCGAAGGCUGCCGAGCAACAGCCCAGCAGUGGUGGUGGUGGGGGUGGGUGGCGUUGAAUGCCUGCGCCGAGAUUGGUAGAUUGUCGGAGGGGGGCGCCUUGGAGUGCAUGCCCUCGAGCUGGUACAACAGCCCACUCGGUAUCCAUCACUGCACUGGUGUCCCGACCCCAGCCGCACGAGCCGGGGCAUAUCAGAGAACAAACCAAGUAGAGGACUGUGCCGAGUUGUCCCUCCCCCACCCCCUCCUGCUUCCACUCCCCCCCUUGCCUUGCCCUCUGGCUCUCUGGCCGUGGCUCAUCCCUUCGCGCAAUGUCCAACGCUCAGACGAACCCCUCCACGCUCAUUCCUGAAUCCACCGCGACCUCAAUGUCGACCUCGACCUCGUCCUCGACCCGCGCCCGACCCCCCGCGGCCCCAACACCGCCCUCGCUCUCGCCCCCGAUCGACGGCAACACGAAACGCACGUCUCCCGGAUCGACAACGGCACACCCAAACCCCCUGCCUACGCCCCCCGGGUCGGUGCGCUCGCAAACUUCCCCUACUGUCACCUCUGUCCUCCUUCCAUCGACGUCGUCCUCGUCGUCGUCGUCGGCGCCGGGCACGGCACCCAUCACUCGCACGCACUCUCACGGCUCUCGGCAAUCCGUGUCCUUCCCUGCCGACCUUGUCACUCCGCCCGCGUCUAAAAUCCUGGCCUCGCGUCCGACCAACACGCUGUCCGUGUUCCCCGAAUCCCCGGACAUGGUCGACCCAAACACGCCACCCCUGACGCCCGACGAACUACCCACUCGCAAACGUUACCACUCGACCGUCAACAAAACGGAAAUUACCCCUGCUGGUAAACUAAACCGCUCGGCCUCGUCGAAAAUAUCGUCCAAAUUCCAGUCGCUGCGCAAGAAGAUUGAGAGCGAGCUCUCCCGCAAGCGCCCCGGUGGCCGCCAUGAGCCGUCUCAACCUACGCCAGGUGGCGCUUCCAAGCGUUCUUCCAAGCGCCCUGCCAAGGGUACCGUCGCUGGUCUCCGCCCCAGCCCUGCGCUUACUGUCCCCGAGGGCAUGAGCGUUGCCGACGCCUCGCAGCUCUGCGCUGCCAAGCGUACUGACUGCGUCCUCGUCGUCGACGACGAGGAGGGCCUCAGCGGUAUCUUCACCGCAAAGGACCUGGCGUUCCGUGUCACCGCGGCUGGUCUCGACCCCCGUCUGACCCCUGUCUCGGCGAUCAUGACCAAGAACCCCAUGGUUACGCGUGACACGACUUCCGCUACCGAGGCCCUGCAGCUCAUGGUUAGCCGCCACUUCCGUCACUUGCCUGUCUGCAACGAGGAUGGAGAUGUUGUCGGUCUCCUCGACAUCACCAAGGUGUUCCACGAUGCCCUCGCCAAGGUGGAGCGUGGCUCGAGUGCCACUCACCAGCUCUCGGCUGCCCUCGCUGGCGUUCAGACCGAGCUUGGCCCCGGCCUCGUCAACAACCCGCAGGCCGCCGCCAUGCUCGCCUACGUUGACGCUCUCCGCGACAAGAUGGCCCAGCCCGACCUGCUGUCGGUCCUCGACACGAGCCUGCCUCCGCCUACCGUCUCGCCCCGCACGUCGGUUCGCGAGGCCGCUCGCCUCAUGAAGGAGCGCCGCACCACCGCUGUUUGUGUCCUCGAGACCAACACGGGCACCAGCGCCAUCUCGGGUUUGAGCAACCACAGCGUUCCGCCCAGGAUCGCCGGUAUCUUCACGUCCAAGGACAUUGUCCUUCGUGUCAUUGCCGCUGGUCUCGACGCCUCGCGCUGCAGCGUCGUGCGUGUCAUGACCCCUCACCCCGACACUGCCCCGCCUACCAUGGUCGUUCAGGACGCUCUCAAGAAGAUGCACAACGGCCACUACCUCAACCUUCCCGUUGUCGAGGAGGAUGGCAGGCUCAUGGGCAUUGUCGACGUGCUCAAGCUCACCUACGCCACGCUCGAGCAGAUUGACAGCAUGAACGACGACCAGACGACCGAGUCGGGUCCCAUGUGGUCCAAGUUCUUUGACACUCUCAACGCGGCUGGCGGUGACGACGACUCGGCUUCGCAGCUCUCGCACAGCGAACUGCGUACCGACACCCCCUCCAAGGAGAAGGGCCACAACCGUGGCUUAUCAAGCGUCACCUCGCCCAUGUCUGAGGUUAUGCCCGGUGACUCUGCUUCGGCCGUCAACGAGGUCAUCUCGGACAUUGGCACCAAGGGCGGCUUGUCCUCUGUCGCUCCCUCCAUGCCGAUUGAUGACGGCACCUACGUCUUCAAGUUCAAGACGCCAUCAGGACGCACACACCGUUUCCAGGCUCGCCACGACAGCUACGAGCUGCUGCGCGAUAUUAUUCACGGCAAGCUGUCGACCGACCCCUUCUUCGACACGCCAACAGACCCCUCGGCUGUUGCUGCCGACCCCUCAGUGUUCGUUGUCAACUACACGGACGACGAGGGCGACCUUGUGCAGAUGACUGCCGACGGCGACGUCUCGGACGCUGUGCGCAUCGCCCGCAGCCACAAGACGGACCGUGUCGUCUUGUUCCUUGACGGCGGCAACAACUGGGCAGAUGCCGCAAAGUCGGCCGCCCCUAAGCCUGCCGAGGUGCCCAAGGAGGUCCCGGCCGCUCCCAAGCCCGUUGUUGAGGAGAAGGUCGAGGAGAAGGUGGCCGAGCCGGUUGCUGCUCCUGCCCCCGUCAGGGCGACCAAGGUCGUUGGACCUAAUGGGGAGGAGCUCCUCUUUGGUGUUCUCCCCAAGGACAUGGCGCUGCCGGCUGCCAUUGGCUUCCUCGGCGUCGUGAUUGCCGGCGUGUUCGUUGCCUCUCGUACCAGCAAGUAAGCUGGGAGGCGAACGCAGCACGUCGGCGUGUGGCUGGCUGAUUAUUUCCCUGCCACCUGUAUUGUAUCCGUACGCACCCACAUACAAUGACCAGAAAAAAACAACAACAACAGGGUUGGUUUGAGAGAUAGUAGACGCGAUAAUACGAAGGGAAGUGCUCCAUGUAUAUCGUGAUGACUUUUGA